AGCGGGUAUAUUAGCACCCGGCGUAUCCUCUAACAACAUACAUGUGCCCUUGUUUGAGCGGUGAGUGUUCCUGUGCAUCACUUGCUCUCUGACACUUCAAAAACAUCACUCCCAUCAGCGUUAAACUUGGAGUAGGGGUGACUCUGAAGACAGCAGGCCAGGAUGGAGUUUGUGGAGCUGAGCAGCUGUAGGUUCGACGCGACGCCGACGUUCUGCGACCGUCCGGCCGCUCCCAACGCCACGGUGCUGCCGGGCGAGCACUUCCCCGUCCCGAACGGCUCGUACGAUGACCAGGGGGACGGGCACGUCCUGGCCCCGGGCCCUUCCUUCCACGGCCCCGGCCGCUGUCUGCUCUGGGCCUGCAAGGCGUGCAAGAAGAAGACGGUCCCCAUCGACAGGAGAAAGGCAGCCACCAUGAGAGAGCGGCGUCGCCUGGUCAAAGUCAACGAGGCCUUCGACAUUCUGAAGAAGAAAUCGUGCGCCAACCCGAACCAGAGGCUCCCCAAGGUUGAAAUCCUCCGCAACGCCAUCUCCUACAUCGAGCAGCUCCACAAACUUCUGCGGGACAGCAAGGAGAAUUCCUCGGGAGAGGUGUCGGACGCCUCCGCCCCCAGCCCCGGGUCCUGCUCGGACGGAAUGGCCGCCCACAGUCCGCGAAGUUUCUGUACCGACACAUCCGGGAACUCGUCCUGGGAACAAGCUGACGGCCAACCUGGGAACGGUUACGAGAGCCAGUCGUGCGGGAAUAACGUGUCCAGUCUAGACUGUUUGUCUCUCAUCGUGCAGAGUAUUUCAACCAUAGAGGGCGAGGAGAACAACAACGCGAGCAACAGUAACACAGCCAGAUGA